GACCCGGCUUCGGGGGUGACUCGCAUAAAGGAGAGAAAAAAACACACACGUCGAGAGAUCCUCGCCCGACGGUCUCCGUCACGCGGGAGGUGGUGUUGCUCCUCAAGUUUUUUCUCGACGUCCUUCCCGACGAGCGAUGGCUCGCGUUUGCCGGCGCGUACACGUCAAUCGGAGAAACACCGAGAUUCUAUUCACCUGCGUCCGACACUUCGUGUAAAGCCCAGCUGUAUCGUGUCCAGUCAUCGAAGGCGUUAAAUCUUGAAAAAGCACGCAGAUACAUUCAUUACGAGAGGCAUGCUCGCUGCACGUCAGUUCGACUAUUUUGCGGAAGAGCAUUCGUACGAAAGGAAAACAAGAUUUUUCAGUAGUGCGGCACGGGACAUUUCCUUUGAAUUUUAUCACAAAUUUUUGCCCACCACCAUGAAUCAAUACAAAUCUCCUCGCAAUAAGGCAGAUUACAACCGUCAUGCAAGUCAUUUCAUGCAAAUGAUAAAUAAACCUCGGAAACAAGAAGACCAAUACUUUACGCCAAAAAGACUUAGUAAUGUGAAAAAAGUUCGAUCAUUCUCAAGUCCCAGCCCGGAGAGGUUCCUGAGGCACUUUUCCCCGGGGAAACUUUUCCAACAGCAUCCGAAUGGCAAUUUACCAAGCCAUUCAAUUAUCAAUCAAACAGACCCCUCGUUUUUAUAUCAAGGUCCAAGAUUAUACAAUCAAAACACUACGGUUGUCGGUUCACUGGGCUCUACAGGUGACAGUCGGCCAAGUUCUUCGGAUGACAGUCUAGCGAAUCGUUCACCGAUUCGCCAGCUGGACACCAGUUCGCCAGACGAUUUCGGAUAUUUUCGAAUGUUUGAAGAUGCUAGUGUACCAGAUGUCUCCGAUUUGAGCUUUUCGGGUGCCAAUCAAAGCGAGAACUGCCAAGCGGAUUGUGAGACGUUUGAAGAUUUCAACAUGAACUUUCUCAAGCUCGAUUUGCUGGACGUGAACGACAACUAUUCCGCACGACAAUCACCCGAGCAGCUAAGCUGUAGCUCAAACGCCAAGAAAAAUAUGCCUAACGUACCACUGAUACCAUCGAUAACAAAAGAGUUAGAAAUAACGAAGGAUAUGACACAAGACACCUACUCCGAACAAAAAUCACCUGUAUGCGAGCAACGAAUCCAUAGUCCGAAUGCCCAGGAAGGUGUAUCACCGAAAGAACUUGAGAUUGCGAAUGAGAUAGAGAAGGAUGAUUAUAUCGAAUCUUUACGAUCAUCUGUGUGCGAUGAAUAUCCGAGUACCCAGCAGGAUAUGUCUAGCGUACCAUUAAUAACGGAAGAGCUAGAAGCAGCAAAAGAGACAGAGGUAGCGGCAGCAAUAGAGAAGAUUCAAUCUCCUAAUUCAUCGAUAGAGACGUCGCCGUAUCACUGCAGUGACCAUCCAUACACUCAGCUGCUUUAUUGCCAGACUUGCUGCAAGCCGAUUUGUAAAAACUGCGCCUCUCAUUGCACUUGUAAACACAUGACGGUCGAUCUCGUAGAGUUCAUCGAAACUAUUCAGCGUCAAGCUGAAGAAGUAUUAAUGGAAGCCUAUCUCGGGGUAGACGUUCUCGCGGAUGAUAUGGAAAAUAUGGGUUUGGACAUUGCAGCGUUAGAUCAGAGAACUAGGGAGGCGCUCAAUGACGUAAAGUUCUUCUCACGUAGAAUGUGGGCUGCUGUAGAAGAGAGGGAGAAGAAAUUAUUCAAACAAAUUGUGGAAGCGCGACGAUGGAAGUUUGAGGUUCUUCACGAAAGAUACAUGCAUCUAAAAGAGGAUAAAAGCCGGCUGUCACAAGCCAUAAGCGCCCUCAAAUACGCUAUCUAUGAUGCGCGAUUUCCCAAUCUCGUGUGUAACCCUGACGAUCUCUUGAAGAAGAAAGAUAUGGUGUUGGCUGAGAUCUGGCAGAUUCGUCAGAGUCGAAAGAUGAAGACCCGGCCUAUUCGAGAGGAGAAUUGGAUCUCGUUCAAGAGUUCCGACAGCAAUGUGCUGGCCGUGAUCGCUAACGGCGGGAACGUCUUGCUGAACAGUCCAGGCACAAUCGGGGAUCGUCUACCUCACAAUCGCGAUUACAAAUUAUUACAAUCAUGUUUUCCGUACGGAUUGAAUGAGCAAAUGAUGCAACCGAUACCGCGCGGUCGUCCGAUAGCGAAUUACGAGCGCAAUAUCGUUCUUCCGAAUAGGAAACCCGAGUUGCAGGUCAAGAGCACGAGUGUGCAGAUCAUCGGCCACUUUGGCGAGAACGAUCCCGACAAUCUUUGCCGCCCGUGGGGAUUAAUUUGCGACAACGAAGGUAACAUCAUAAUCAGCGAUAGAUCGAAUAAUCGCAUACAGAUUUAUCGCGACGACGGCACGCUCGUUAGGAAGUUUGGAAGCUACGGUAAUGGCCCUUGCCAAUUUAAUCGCCCGGCUGGAAUCGCCGUCGACGCCAGACGUCGUCUCAUCGUCGUCGAUAAGGAUAACCAUCGCAUCCAGAUCUUAACGAUGGAGGGUGAGUUCCUGAGAUCCUUUGGCGAGCAUGGCGAGAAGCAAGGCCAGUUUUGUUACCCGUGGGACGUGGCGGUAAACACUGCUUGCGAAAUUGCGGUCACAGACACCAGGAAUCACCGCGUACAAUUGUUCAGCGCCGAAGGCAUUCCGCUGCGUAUGUUUGGAGGUCAGCCGCAUAUGCUCAGGUACUUGGACUCACCGCGUGGCAUUUGUUUCAAUCAGGAGGGCAAACUCAUCGUUACGGAUUUCAACAAUCAUCAUCUAUUAAUAAUUGAGUAUAAUAUGACGGAUAUGCGUAUACUCAAGUGCGAGAAGGAGUUGAAGAGCAAGAGGCAAGACGGCAGUGGGGAAAACGGCGACGGCCAAAGCGACGAAAACGCACCUACGUUUCAGAGGCCACAGGGCGUAAUAGUGGCCGACGAUGGCAGUAUCCUCGUCGCGGACUCCCGUCAUAAUUCGAUUAAAGCGUUCAACUCGGUCGGAUCGUUAAUUUAUUCGUAUAAACCGGGUCAAGAAGAAAUGGAUCGUCCACUCGGUAUAGCUCUCCACUGGGAUGGUAGAAUGGCAUUCACCGAUUACGGCCGUAAUUACGUGCGCUUAGUAAAACUGGAACAUCACAUGGAUCCGGUGUCGAGGAAUGCUAUCAUGUUCGGUUGAUAUCAUAGAAUAUCGAAUACAUUACCCUAGCGAAUCAAUGGAGAUGAUGAGAUAAGAAGGAUGAAAUUCUCGUUUGCAAACAUGCGAACAGCAUCAACGGCCGCAACUUUUACAAUUGCAACGCGUGGCGAGAUUUUCCAUUAUCUACUUUCUGCCACCAAUAAAUUGCGCUAGGAAAUAUAACGUUUUGUUGAAAACGCGAAAAAUUUUGACAAAAAUAUUCUCAGCAGUAAAAAUAAUAAAUUAAUAAUAAGCGUGAAAGAUGAAAGUUAUGCGUGCAACGCAAUUACGUAGUUGUUCAACAUAAAAUAUAAACAUAUAUUUUACACACAUAUCUUCGA